ACACGGAUCAAACGCAGUUGAGCCUUGGACUUUUGGAGGUUCGAUCCAACGAUCCAUCCACUGCAUUUAAUAAUAAAAAAUUUACAGAAUAAUUUACAACGAUCCGGCCAGCCGCAAAACAUGUCUGUCUUAAUCUUUCCCAAAUAAACAAAAACACAAAUUCCAUCCUAUUUUUUUGGUUUAAAGAAAAAGAAAGAAGUACGAGGCGGAAUGAUGAAAGUCCGGCGACUGAGAUCUUCCAGACCUGUGAAGAAUUGAGAAGCAGAAUCCGAACAUGCAGCUUAUUCUGGUCUGGUCGCUGGUCAUGUAAUUUGCUGAAAUCUGAAUCGUGAAUCGUCCUAAUGGCUAUGGAUGAUGUGAGAGAACCUCUGAAGGGUAGAAAAUUUCGCCGUUGUAGAAGUGCUCCUCUUGCAGAGCAUGUACCCUUAGAGACAACCAAUGGCUCAGUUCCAGUUACUGAAUCCAUUUUUCGAAAUUUACACCCGAGUUUUCGUAAAGUAUGUAUAUUCUUGGCUUUCUACUUAGGCAUAGGAACUAUCUGCUUCUACCUCGUCAGGAACCAGAUCAAGGGAGAGAAGACAAAUGGAGUUCUUGAUGCUGUUUAUUUCUGUAUUGUGACAAUGACCACUGUUGGAUAUGGAGACCUAGUGCCAAACAGCAUUCUUUCGAAACUACUGGCCUGUGCUUUUGUCUUCACAGGAAUGGCUCUUGUUGGGUUGAUCUUGAGCAAAGCAGCUGACUACUUGGUCGAGAAGCAGGAAAUAUUGCUUGCUAAAGCCUUACAUAUGCAUCAAAAAGUUGGUCAUAUUCAAGUUCUUAAAGAUGUUGAGACUAACAGUUUGAAGUACAAAUGCAUUGUGGCCUUUAUCCUUCUUUUGGUACUCAUAAGUGCUGGCACAAUCUUCCUAGCUACUGUUGAGAAAUUGGACCUUGUGGAUGCAUUUUAUUGCGUUUGUUCUACCAUCACAACCCUGGGGUAUGGAGAUAAGAGCUUUUCAACUCAAGCAGGGCGUGUUUUUGCAAUAUUCUGGAUAUUGACAAGUACCAUUUGUUUAGCUCAGUUUUUCCUCUACAUUGCUGAGCUAAACUCCCAGAGCAGGCAAAGGGCAUUGGUCAAGUGGGUUCUUUCUCGUAGGACGACAAAUGUAGAUUUGGAGGCAGCUGAUCUUGAUGGUGAUGGGGUAGUUGGGGCUGCUGAAUUUAUCAUAUAUAAGCUCAAAGAGAUGGGGAAGAUUAGCCAAGAAGAUAUUAGACUUGUGAUGGAGGAAUUCGAAGAUCUUGACGUUGAUCAGUCAGGAACCUUGUCGUUAUCAGAUAUAAUGCUUGCUCAACCACCUUCGACAGAAAAGUAACUCUGGCAUCAUGCUGGUUUUCAUUCUGAGAAGUGUCUCGUAAGAUUGUAAUAUGUAUGAUUGCUUACCCUUUCUCUGAUAUAAAUUUUAUACAUGAGGCCAUAUCAGAAACAUUCCAAUAUAUCUCUUCCUUAUAAACACUUUGGUUAAAAAUGGUUAGACUGCCUCUAAGCAUUUUAGUGAUCAUUGUUCAUUUUGGUUUACUGGAUUCAUACAAUGUGUGAAACCAACUUGCAUAAUGACAAUUGUGACAUUGAAAUUUCGCA